AUGAACAGCUACGUCUCAAGUUUCGGCUCCGUAUCCUCCACUGUUCAUGGUCUGAUCGUCUCUGCCAUUCUCAUCCCAGCUGCCAUUUCGUCUUUCUUUGCGGGCAAGGUUGCAGACAUUCUCGGUCGAUCUAGAGGCAUCAGUCUUGGGGCUUUUAUUUUUGGUCUUGGUGCUGCACUCGAGGCGGGCGCUGCUGAUUUGGCCAUGUUCAUUGUUGGAAGAUGUGUUGAAGGCGUUGGCGAUGGGUUAUACUUGGGUACAUUGGUCGUGUAUAUUUGCGAAAUCUCACCCCCCAGCAAAAGAGGACCACUCACAUCCGCACCUCAGCUACUCAUCACCAUGGGCCUUUGUGUAGGUUUCUUCAUUUGCUACGGUUCCAGUAAUAUCGGCUCCUCUCUCUCAUGGCGACUCCCAUUUGCCAUUUCGCCUGUUCUAGCAUUCUCAUUCUCGCUGGCUUCACUGUGGCUUACCCCCUCGCCGCGCUGGCUUACGCUUCACGGUCGUACAGCAGAAGCAGCUGCAACAUGGGAUGGUCUGGGCUUUAGCCAUGCAGAGCGCGAAAAGAUCGAAAUUGUAGAGCAGAUACGUGAGAUCACUGAAUCUGAUGAAAUUAAUGCUUCACGCCCGGUAACUCCUCACGAUACCCAUCAAGGAGAAAAGAAGAGGAAAAGCAGUUUAUGGGAACUUUUCGCACAUGAUGUGCGUGACCGUACAUUCCUUGCAGUCUUCAUGAUGGGAAUGCAACAACCCAGUGGUAUCGACGGAGUACUUUACUAUGCUCCUCUCCUCUUUCAACAGGCCGGCCUCUCAUCCUCCGAAGCAUCGUUUCUCGCUUCCGGAGUCUCUGCUCUAGCCAUCUUCGGCGUCACAGUCCCCGCUCUCAUCUGGGCCGACGGCUGGGGUCGUCGUCACAGCACAAUCUGCGGCGGCAUUGGCCUCGGAAUCAUCAUGUUCCUGAUCGGAGGCCUCUACGCCGGAACCGCAGUACACAACAACUCCGGCGCAGGACGAUGGGUUGUCAUCGUCUCCAUUUACCUGUUCGCAAUGCUAUAUUCCCUUUCAUGGGGUGUAGGUAUCAAGAUCUACGCUGCCGAGAUUCAGCCCCAACGUACGCGCGCUGCAGCCACAAGUUUGGCGCAUGGAAGCAAUUGGAGUGCGAAUUUCUUGGUUGCACUGACGACGCCGAUAUUAUUAGCGGAUAGCAGCUAUGGAGCUUAUUUCUUGUUUGGUGGAUGCUCGCUUUUGACGGCGUUGGUUUGUUCGAUUUUCAUGCCAGAGAAGAGAGGGCGGUCGUUGGAGGAAAUUAAGGAGGCGUUUAAGAAAACCUCUGUGUCGAAGAGGAUGACGAAAGCUGUGUAG